UGCAAAAGGCAGUUUAUAACUACUACGGGCUUUGCAGGCUCCUGACUGUGGGUUGCUUUGAAGACCAAAGAGGACCCUGUGUGAACUAGUCAGAAGAGUUUCACUAAAACCGUGACUACGAAGCUCUUCACACAGCAAACUAAUUCUGUCUGGAUCGGGUGUGGGCCUGACGCAUUACUUAAGAGUACACAGUGAAAAUUUUAUGCCAGCUGCAGAGGUUAACCAUGUCUUCAAAUUCAUCUACACUUUUAAAUGAAGAAAACUCUCAAGGACCAAAAAGAAAUACUGAAUGUUUGGAAAGUCUGGAAUUGCAGACUGCAUCAUCAUUUCAAGAUAACCCACUUCAACAAUUACAGCUAGCAUCACAGGAAGUACUUGAAAAGGCAAAAAAGAGCGGGAGAUCAAAAUGCCCCCGAUGCAGUAGUUCAAGGAUGUUUUACUGUUACACAUGCUUUGUUCCUGUUGAAACUGUCCCUACCAAAGAAAUUCCGACUGUGAAGUUACCUUUGAAGAUUGACAUUAUUAAACACCCAAAUGAAACAGAUGGCAAAAGCACUGCUGUGCAUGCUAAGCUCCUGGCACCUGAUGAUGUUACAAUUUAUAAAUACCCCUGCAUUCCAGAAUAUGAAGAAAAAAGACAUGAAAUAGCGCUUAUAUUUCCUGGCCCCAAUUCAGUUUCAGUAAAAGAUAUUGCUUCCCAUCUCCAAAAGCACACUGAGAAAAAUGUUUGUGAUAAUGACGAUGACUGUUCCAGAGAGCCGUCUGUUAAGCAAGCAAAAAUAGAACCUAAAGAAGAAGAAAAAAGUAUAAAUAAACACAUCUCAAGCAACAAGAGUGAAGGCACUAGACUGAAGAAAAUAAUAUUUAUUGACAGUACCUGGAAUCAAACUAACAAAAUAAUAACUGAUGAACGACUUCAAGGGCUGCUGCAAAUUGAGUUGAAGACAAGGAAAACUUGCUUUUGGCGUCAUCAGAAGGGAAAGCCAGAUACAUACCUUUCCACAAUAGAAGCAAUUUAUUAUUUCCUUGUGGACUAUCAUCAGGAGAUUUUGAAAGAGAACUACAAAGGACAAUAUGAUAAUCUGCUUUUUUUCUUUUCAUUUAUGUACACAUUGAUUAAAAAUGCCAAGUGCUGUGCAGGAAAAGAGUAAGAUGUCUGCCUCUAGACCACUGGUGUUGCAAUAGAAUGUUUAGAAACACACCACAGAAGAGUGAGCAGAAGAGAAUGCUGCACACCAGUAUACUCAAGAUUGAGUCCUACUCGACCUGUGAUCCUGUGCGUUUCACUUCCCUUACCUUACCUGUAAAGUCACCUUCUGCCUCUGAAUAACAUGUCUCUACAUAUGAAACUGGGCCCAUAAGCCAGUUGAACUCAGCAUGAAAUCCAAAGGCUGAGUAUUAUUACUUCAAAGGUUCUGGUGGUAAAAUUUUCCAGCAGCAGGGAUAGAAGGGCUACACAGAAGUAUGUGUACAUGUGUAAAAAUCAAUAAAUACGUACCUCCCUCCUAGUGAUAAAUGCAUUAGGACAAAAGCCAAAGAUUUCUUUUAUGAUAUUUCUGUCUUAGAGAACAUAAAGAAGAAUCAAAGUGUGGUAUCAGAUUUUACAAAAUUAAAGAAUAAACGGUUGUAUGCACAGAGCAAAUAUAUACUUUAAUCAGAUACAGACAUAUAGCUGAUCCUGUUAAUGUACACAGAUGAAUAGUUUGACUGGGAAUUCAUCUGUUAAGUUUGGAUGCACUGUCCAGCACAAGUGCUGCAUUAUCCCUCCAAACAGUACUUUGGAAAAACAGAUAAUAUUUCAUACCUUUCCACCAUUCUGAAUAUUGCUGCUAACGAGUCUUAUGUCGUUCCUACUUGUCUCAAAGCAUCAUGUUUUCUUUGCAUCUCCAAGAAGCAGUGAAGUAUUAUCUGUUAAAAAAAAAGAAAAUUAAGCACAUCCAUCCAGGCUUAACAGGGCAUGCUGAGAGACACCAAAAGGGUAAACAAGGUUAUUCCAAAACAAUGAAAAAUUUAAAACAGCAAAGAAAAAUUUAGGGCCUUGAACUGCACAGAAACUGAGUCACCUGCACAGAGGAAAUGUCAUGGAUCCUGCUCCAUCAUUUGCUCAGCAGGGGAGGAAGGAGCAGGAGCACACCCACCCUGUACUAAGGAAAGUCUGCGCCUGGACACCUGGAGUGAACACGCACCUGUCUGAGCCUUGAUGGGAAACUCAUAUGAUACAUUAUGCAACAUGAUGUUUUCCUUGCUGUCUUUUAGUUACUUACUGGAGAAUAAAAUAAUCAAACC